UCUUCUCGUUAUCUCCACGUUGUUUCUUCCACGGAGAAUAGAGAGCUCGAAGAAUGGAAGAGAAGCCGAAUGUCGAGUUCACGGCGGCCGGAGAGAAGGUGGGUUCCCUGUCCUGUUUCAAGAGGAUCUGCGUCUUCUGCGGGAGUAGCACCGGGAAGAAGGCGGGUUACAGGGAAGCGGCCGUCGAGCUCGGAAAGGAACUGGUGGCGAGAGGAAUUGAUUUGGUUUAUGGAGGUGGUAGCGUUGGAUUGAUGGGCCUCGUCGCUCACGCUGUUCAUGAUGGUGGCGGCCAUGUCUUAGGGGUCAUCCCGAAGUCUUUGAUGCCGAGGGAGAUAACUGGAGAGACUGUUGGGGAAGUUAGAGCAGUCUCAGAUAUGCACGAGAGGAAAGCUGAGAUGGCUCGCCAAGCUGAUGCCUUCAUUGCUUUGCCUGGUGGCUAUGGGACAUUAGAAGAAUUGCUUGAAGUCAUCACAUGGGCACAGCUUGGAAUUCAUCAGAAGCCGGUUGGUCUUCUUAACGUGGAUGGAUACUAUAAUUCAUUGCUCUCAUUCAUUGACAUGGCUGUCAUGGAGGAAUUUAUUUCUCAGAAGGCCCGUCACAUCAUUGUUUCUGCUCCAACAGCGAAUGAGCUGGUCAGGAAACUAGAGGAAUAUGUUCCUCAACCUGAUGAUUUUGUUUCAAAGUUGUGUUGGGAGGCAGCAGAUCAUCAAGAAGCAGCAAGCUUUGUGGCUGAGAUGGAACCUGGAAUGGCUUCUGCUUCUUCCUGAGUCAGCUCCUUCAUGCUUUUCUUCUCUAUUUUGUUGCCAACUGAAUAUAAUCAAAUAUUAUAGUAUAUACAAGCUUUUGAUUACACCAACUCAGAUAUAGGAUGAUCAAGUUCAGUCAUAACCUGUGGCAUUUUUUGUAGAGAAAUCAUUAUAGGGAGGUAGAUUCAAACUGGUAUGAUUAUUGUUUUGCUCCCUUUAUGUAUUUAAAACGUUUGAAAGCUUAUAGAUAUUAUAUUCACUAAGCAAUAUGGCUUUCUGA